GAAGUAGGAUGUGAUAUGUAGGUAUGACCGCUUAUGCACUGCCUUAUGCUCGGGGUGUCCCACAGAGAUGCGCAGCACGCUCAAGAUAGACCUUGUCAGCCACUGGCUCUUACUGGCUCACAGUAGUGACAUCCAUCCUUGUACGCUAACCAUCAUCUGGAUUACGCUCAGCCGCAAGCAAGCUCAAGACUCUUUGUGCGUUGCCAAGCCACGUGCCCUGGGUACUCCAGCCAGCCCUGGCUCCACCGCUCCGCCGGGCCCUCCGUCCUCGCUCAUCAACUCGGCGUCCGCGAUAGGAGCGAUACGUCUCGUAGUUGCUUCACAUCAUCGGUGCUGGCUGUGCAUGCAAGAGUAAGCAUAAGGCCCGUCACAUAGAACUAGUAGUAGUCCAUGCAUAAAAUGUGGUCUUUCGCGGUACAGAACAUCGUUUCA